UGCGGGAAGCGUGGGAGGCGGCCUGGGGCGAGCUGGCUUCCUCCUAGGUGCGGGCGAUCGCGCAGCGAAGCGGGAGGAGCCGCAGGAGGCCGGGGCGCGAGCGAGGGGCGGCGGCGGCGGCGGAGGCUCCCGUCGGCCUCCGACAGGACUGACGGCGGCGCGGCCGCUGGCGGGACCGUAUUUCUAAGAAGUGCCAUCGAGUGAAAAAGCAACAAUGAGGGUAGCAGGAGCUGCAAAGUUGGUGGUAGCUGUGGCAGUAUUUUUAUUGACAUUUUAUGUUAUUUCUCAAGUAUUUGAAAUUAAAAUGGAUGCAAGCUUAGGAAAUCUAUUUGCUCGAUCUGCGCUGGACUCAGCCGCUCGAUAUGCUCAAGCCUAUUUCUAUUCUCCUGAAGCUACGAAGCCUCCCAGGUACAAAUGUGGGAUCUCUAAAUCAUGCCCUGAGAAGCACUUUGCUUUUAAAAUGGCCAGUGGAGCAGCCAAUGUCGUGGGUCCCAAGAUCUGCCUGGAGGACAAUGUUUUGAUGAGUGGUGUUAAGAACAAUGUUGGAAGAGGAAUAAAUGUUGCCUUGGUAAAUGGAAAAACAGGGGAGGUACUGGACACCAAAUAUUUUGACAUGUGGGGAGGAGAUGUGGCACCAUUCAUUGAGUUUCUGAAGAAUAUACCAGAUGGGACAGUGGUGCUAAUGGCAACAUACGACGAUGGAGCCACCAAGCUCACUGAUGAGGCGCGGCGGCUCAUUGCUGAGCUGGGGAGCACAUCUAUCACCAGCCUUGGGUUUCGAGAUAACUGGGUCUUCUGUGGUGGGAAGGGCAUUAAGACAAAGAGCCCCUUUGAACAGCACAUAAAGAACAAUAAGGACACAAACAAGUACGAAGGAUGGCCUGAGGUGGUGGAGAUGGAAGGAUGCAUCCCCCAGAAGCAGGACUGAAGGGAAUGUGAAGACGAGAAGAUGCACUUUGAUUCCGAAGGAGGGCUGUAAAGCAGCCGCUCCGUGUACAUAUUUUAGUAGCAUGCGGCCGGCCAGGGUGUGCAUGAGCAAGAUCGUCUCUGUUGAUUCCAGGAUUAUUUAUUGCUAACAUAAGUGGCUACCUUUGUAAAUAGCCCUCAUACUGAACAAAUCACCAAACCAUUUUUAAGCACAUUUCCCUAAAAGUACAAUGUUUAGACUUCAGUGGCAAUAAUGUACUUUAGUCCUAAAAGCAUAUUCGGUGGGUAACCAGAAGAUUGUACAGGACACUGAUUUAUGUUCUCAUUGCUGUGAAACUCUAUCAUGGAAAAACAUGCCUUUUAGGGAGGAAAUUUUGUUCAUACGUAUGUCUCUGUAUAGAUAGCUGGCAUGUGCUGACAGUAUCCUUUAAAUUAAAGAGAUUUUUGGCUAGUUGUAUGUGUAAUGUUAUCGUACAGUCUGGCUCCUGGUGUACCUCUUUUCAUAGUCUUUAUUUUUCCUUCCAAAGAAACCAAGAAAUAAAAUAUUUCACACGAAAAUUUUCAUCAGAUUUGUGAAAAGCACAAAAAUUAUGUUUUAAAACAUUGAAAAUGAACACUAAUGUAGGAGUCAUUUGGGACUCAUCUUGUAGAUUUUGUGUUAGCAGCGUGAAGUAUGUGAUUUUGUAUAAGCUAUUAGAGUAAGAGAACCAGGCCAAGUCCCUUCCUCAACCAGUCGGGUCAUCCAAGAAAGUGGGUUAGUGCAGUUAGGAUAGAUAAUGCAGGCAUUUGUCUACUUUGUUACCUUCUCUGAUGUCAUGGUCUUACAAGAGGAGUACUUUAAUCAUAGCUUUGAUUUGUAAACCAAGAAAGUCUGUUAUUUACUUCUAACUUCAUAAUAGCAACUGUUGCCUGACAUUGUAACAGAACAUUUAAAAAGUCCUAAUUGCGAUAUUAAAGCACUAAAUACCUACCGUAUGCAGCAUAUUUGGAAUAGUUUAAAAUGCCGCUUAAACAAAUGUAGUGCUCAUGUUGCCUUUUGUGGGAUGAGGCAACACUUAAAAUUUGAACCUAAAAUUUAGGUGGUUUGUAUAAAAAUCAGAAAAGCAGUAUUUGCCAUUUUGUUAAAAAGCUGGAAGCAAUUCAGAUAUUUCUUGACCAUUCCUGACCUUGUGGUACUGUUUCUUUCCACACAGUGAAUGUAGUAGGUCAUAAGGAGACACGUCUUUCUUGUUCAGACAAGUUUUGUAAACUUUUAAGAGUUCUGGUGCUUCUAUACUAACUCGAAUCCAGCAUGUAUGUUCUGACAUGUAAAGUAUUUCCCUUGAUUCUGUAAGCCAUUUUACAGUUUCUGGGGAUUGGAAAAUAAAUGUUGCAGGUUUUUUGGGGGGGGGUUGUUUUGUUUUGCUUUUUAAUAAUGUAAGUACUCUUGGUUUCACAUUGUGAAUUUGGGUAUGUGUGUUGGUGUGUGUAUGUGUAUUUCAAAAAGCAUAUACUGUACCUGUAGAACAUCACAUAAAUAUCUUUUUUUUUUUUUUGCCAUUUUUAUACUUCCUAAACAUAUUUUUAAAAAAAAGUAAGUCUCUGCCAUUAAACACAGUAAUACUGUGUAUAUAUUUGAACAUGUGUAGAAGUUAAGUUGCUUGACAACAGGCUAUGCCUUUGAAUUUUAAAGACUGGCUAUAUGGGUUUUACAGUUGCAUAAAAUGUUAGAAGGUGUGAGAUGAUUGGUUAUGUAACUGCUACCGUGCAGUCAUUUCUGUCUGGAUCCCGUCUUUUACUGGUUGCACCAGCUUAAAUCUGGAAGCAAUAACCAACUGUUUUACUUUCACAUGAGCCUUAGAAGUGGAAGGAUGCUCAUUUAAUGUCUGGACUUUUUUUUAUUAAAAUCAAAGCUCUAACUAACAUGUACUCGUUCAAGUGAUGGGAGAGGCUCUGCAGAUUCAGAUCUGUUGUAAUCGUAGCAGAGGUGUGGGAGGUGGGUGUGGAAACAGAAAGGAAGGGGCAAAUAAGCAGAUAUCUGGGAAAUAAGAAUAAUAAAGAGAACGUUUAUAUUCUUAAUUUGGUUCAAGUAAAAUUAUCAUUUUGCUAUAUUUGUUUUGAAAUAAAUCAGCCAAUAUUUUGCAAUUUUUAUGAUAA